CCUUCUUGGGGGAAGCACAAGACCGAAGGGCAACUACAACGAAGAGAGCGAGGCGAGCGCGUUUCGAAAGGAGCCAGUUUUCGCGUUGAGAGGGACUCGGAGAGGCGAGUCGACCCGCCUCGCAAGCCAGCAGACUUACGAAUCACACGAGGCCAUAGGUUAUCGCGGGAAGCGGGAAACGGACGUCCAAAAAAAAAAAGCCGUGGCGGCGGAAGCACGGAGUGUGCCUGCUCAAGAGGGCUUCACACUUUCCAGAGAGGCGGAGGCUUUCUUCAAUUAUUCGCUUCGAGAGGGCUAAGAGAACACGUCGAAGGGCGCGAGAACUAUCGCACAAAAAAAAAAGGCUCCUCCAUAAAACAGUUGAUUUUUGCGGGGAAAGGGCGUGUAUAUUUCUUCUACGCUUGCUAGGUGACCCUUUUGUUUUGGUGGCCCUCUAGCCGGAGCGCAAUGGAUCAGACAACUAGCGUGAACUCGAUGCCGCCGGCGCCCAUCUUCGGCGUCACCCCGGGCGGGGACGGCAACGGCGGCAUGGGCAACAGUAAGUUCAUCAACAUCGACGAGAUCUUCGCCGACUGCUUCAUGGACGGCGACAGCGACCUUCUCGGCUUGGGCGGGACCGGGGCCCAGGGGGAAGCCGCAGAAGGGCAGGGCGCUGAUAGCAUGGGGGGUGGCGGCGGCGGCGGCGGCGGCGGCGGCAGCAGGGCGGGAGGAGGAGGAGAGGAGUUGAGUUUGAAUUUGAAUCCAAACGCAGCGAUUUCUGCCUCCGGUGGACUCCACGCGGCUACCUUCGGGUUGGGUACCCCGGCGAUGAUGCAGCCACAGCAGCAGCAAGCACUAACCCCAAGCCCCCUCGAGGGCAUGUCAAUGUUCUUGGACAGAACCGCCGCGACAGGCGACGGGCUUGCCGGCGCUGGCGCCGGCUCCGGCGUCGGCGGCAUCACCGCGGGAGCACCUGCAGCAGGCGUAGCACCGGGGCGACGGGGCGCGGCUGCCGGUAGAGGAGCGGUGCGGAUCCCGCAUGGUUCGGCGGGGGGGAAGGUGAAGGGGAAGGCGGCGACAGCGGCGGCGGCAACGGCGGCAGCGGCGGCGGUGGAAGCGGCGGCAGCGGCGGCGGCGGAAGCGGCGGCUGCGGCAUCCCCUGCGACGGGGGGAAGAGGGAGAGGGAGAGGGAGAGGGAAGGGGGGGGGGGGGCACUCCGGGCGAGGCGGGGGGUCCGGCACGGGGGGGAGAGCGGGGAGGGGGGCGAGAGCGACCGCGGCGACGGCGGCGAGCGUGCAGCAGCAGCAGGCGGCCGCGGCGGGGGCGAUGUCGGGGAUGGACGAGGACGACGACGAGGACGAGGACGACGGCAGGGCCNGGGGGGCACUCCGGGCGAGGCGUGGGGUCCGGCACGGUGGGGAGAGCGGGGAGGGGGGCGAGAGCGACCGCGGCGACGGCGGCGAGCGUGCAGCAGCAGCAGGCGGCCGCGGCGGGGGCGAUGUCGGGGAUGGACGAGGACGACGACGAGGACGAGGACGACGGCAGGGCCGGGGGAAAGCAAGGCUCCGCUAGCGGGAAGCGGCCCCGGCAGGG